UUUUUUUUCGGUUUUGAACAUUUUGCGAGACGAGGGGUUCGAGGCAGGUGACAGCAUCCUGAGGUUGCCCAGGACCCCGCGGGCUCUUCGCGCGCUCUCCUGGGACCGUGUGCGCUGAGAACCCGAAAGUUGCUUUCGGUUUUUUAAUAUUUUGUAUGCAGAUGUAUUUAGAAAGAUAAAAGUAAAAAAAAAUUUUUUUUUUCUUCCCUGGUCUGCACCGCUGGAAAGCGAGUACUUUUGCCAAAGGACGGAGGACGAGCUCUGCAACAUUUCUGGGACCGAUUAGCUUUCUUUAAAAAAAAAAAAAAAAGAAAGAAAAAGAAAAAACAUUGAGUGCAUCGCGAUGGAGAAAAUGUCCCGACAGCUCCCCCUGAACCCCACGUUUAUCCCGCCUCCCUACGGCGUGCUCAGGUCUCUGCUGGAGAACCCGCUGAAGCUCCCCCUCCACCACGACGACGCAUUUAGCAAAGAUAAAGACAAGGAGAAGAAGCUGGAUGAUGAGAGUAACAGCCCGACGGUCCCCCAGUCGGCGUUCUUGGGGCCCACCUUAUGGGACAAAACCCUUCCCUAUGACGGGGAUACUUUCCAGCUGGAGUACAUGGACCUGGAGGAGUUCCUGUCAGAGAACGGCAUCCCCCCCAGCCCGUCACAGCAUGAGCACAGCCCGCACCCACCCGGCCUGCAGCCCGCCGCCUCAGCUGCCCCCUCGGUCAUGGACCUCAGCAGCCGGGCCUCGGCACCCCUUCACCCCGGCAUCCCAUCUCCAAACUGUAUGCAGAGCCCCAUCAGACCAGGUCAGCUGUUGCCCGCAAACCGCAAUACACCAAGUCCCAUUGAUCCUGACACCAUCCAGGUCCCAGUGGGUUAUGAGCCAGAUCCAGCAGAUCUUGCCCUCUCCAGCAUCCCCGGCCAGGAAAUGUUUGACCCUCGCAAACGCAAGUUCUCCGAGGAAGAACUGAAGCCACAGCCUAUGAUUAAGAAAGCUCGCAAAGUCUUCAUUCCUGAUGAUCUGAAGCAGGAUGACAAGUACUGGGCGAGGCGCAGAAAGAACAACAUGGCAGCCAAGCGCUCCCGCGACGCCCGGAGGCUGAAGGAGAACCAGAUCGCCAUCAGGGCCUCAUUCCUGGAGAAGGAGAACUCAGCCCUCCGCCAGGAGGUAGCUGACUUGAGGAAGGAGCUAGGCAAGUGCAAGAACAUACUCGCCAAGUACGAGGCCAGGCACGGGCCCCUGUAGGCUGGCAUUUCUGUGGGCUGGCUUUGGGAUAGAUGGACAGCUUGUGUCCCGUCUGAUAGCACCACACCCAGACCAACCUUUCUGACAUCCGCACUUUACCAGAGGCAUAAACACAACUGACUCCCAUCUCGGUGUGCAUCCAUGUGUGUAUGUGCGUGCGCGUGUGUACAUGUGCUUGUGUGGUCAGCCAUGUGCGUGUCUGUGUGCGUGUGUGUGCGGGUGUGUGUAUGCGUGCGUGUCCCUUUGCACUUGCCAUUUUGAGAUAGCCCUCUCAUGGUCUUUUAGUCCCCCAAAAGAAAGGUGCCAUGUUUUUACUAGACUUUGGAGACCCCCGUGGGUUUCCACCCCCUCCCUGCUCCAGCCUGGCCCUCCCACCCCCAGCUCCCCUGCUCUCCUGGGCACUGCUGGGCGUCUCUAGGAAGGGCCCUGGGAAAACAGUGGAUUUCAGUCCUCGAGAGUGCAAGCUCUUGUGUUUGUUGAACCCAUACGUUACCAUGCUAAUGAGGUGCACAGAAUAACUUAGCACUACACUGCAGGUCUAUUCAUUUAUAGGUUGCUUUCCUCCUUUUUUAUGUUUUGGUGAUAAUUGUCUUCAAAUUUAAAGUGCUGUUUAGAUUUAUUCGAUCCCAUAUUUACUUACUGCUACUUACUAAGUUUCCUUUAAUUCCACCAACCCCGGAUAAGUACGAGUACUAUUAUAGAACACAGAGCGUGUUUUUGCACUGUCUGUACCUAAAGCAAUAAUCCUAUUGUACGCUAGAGCAUGCUGCCUGAGUAUUACUAGUGGACGUAGGAUAUUUUCCCUACCUAAGGAUUUCACUGUCUUUUUAAAACACAAAAAUUAAAGUAAUGCAUUUGAGCAUGAUCAGAAUAUUCCCCAGGACAGGGAAGCAGAGGGCAAUGAGAGGUCUAAGACUGAGGGGUUAAUUUAUCAGUACAUGAGCCAAAAAAAAAGGUGUCUUGGAGUAGUCGUUGAUACGUUUGGUUUUGCUGUCUCUCCUCCCCCACACCGACCCCACUCCUAUUUUUCUAGUUAACUUUUUCCAUAUUCCUCUUAAUAUUCAAAAACUACUUAAGAUUCAGUUUCCCCAUUUUUUGGUAAUAUAUAUAUUUUUGUGAAUUACACUUGGCUGUUUUAAAAAAGAAUCAGUUCAGUUCAUACGUUGAUGUUUUCUACGACCUUCUUUCCUCGUGGUGUUAUUUUUGAAUGCCUCAUACAUUAAUGAUUCUGGAGCUUAUGUUUCUCAUUCUCUGUUUGCUUUUGAACGUAUGUGCUCUUAUAAAGUGGACUUCUGAAAAAUGAAUGUAAAAGACACUGGUGUAUCUCAGAAGGGAUGGUAUUGUCACAGACUGUGGUUCAUCCAAUUUAAAUGUUUACUAUAGACCAAAAGGAGAGAUUGUUAAAUUGUUUAAUGUUUAUACAGAAUAAUUAUAGGAAGUUCUUUUUGUACAGUAUUUUUCAGAUAUAAAUACUGACAAUGUAUUUUGGAAGACAUAUAUUAUAUAUAGACAAGAGAAAAAGGAGAAACUAUUCCAUGUUUUAAAAUUAUAUAGCAAAGAUAUAUAUUCACCAAUGUUGUAUAGAGAAGAAGCGCUUGGGGGUUUUUGAAGUCUUUAAUAUUUUAAGGCUAUUACUGACACAUCAGCAUGUUUUCUGCUUUAAAUUAAAAUUUCAUGACAGUAUUGAGGCUUGCUGUGACGAAUCCUGCUCCGACGCGUUCUUAUUUCUUAUGAGGUCUCAGAAAGAAGUCAGUUAACAUCACCCAAAAGCACAAAAUGGAUUUUAGUCAAAUAUUUAUUGGAUGAUACAGUGUUUCUUAGAAAAAGCAUCUGCCACAAAAAUGUUCACUUCAAAAUUCUGAGUUUCUGGGAUGGAGCACUGCUGCCGGCGCCCCAGAGGAUUCUGUUCUUCCCUUUGGGCCCAUGCAUCUGUCUUAUGCAGUAUAAGGCUGACAUUGGUGCUAUGUGUAUGGCUUAUAAUUUGAUAGACGUUUCCACUUGAAAGGGGAAUGUUCUUUUGUUUCACUAAGUUGUAUAAUGCCACGAAAUUCUGCUGUUACUGCCAAGAAGCAUUUUGUGCUAGAUUAAAAUCCCCUUUCAUCAAUGGGAGUUUUCUAGUUUCCUGCCUCCAAAGUAUAUAAUUCUUUAAUGAUCUGGUGGUCUCCUUGCCAAUCCAUCAGCAGUGUUUCUCUCUAAUGUCCCGAUUUUGGGAAAGGCAACCAGUGGGAUAUUCCUACCAGCUACCCAUUUUGUUGUAAGAUGCACAUAAUGACAUAAGAUGAGGGAAUAUUGGAACUGACAUACAUUGUUCAUGUACAUUACUAAUAAGAUCAACAGAAUCUUUGGAAAUCUUACGUAGAACUGGAUAAGAUAUUCAGUAAGUGCCAUAAGUAGUCAUAGCAUUGGCCUUUUUCCAGAUGAGGAGGCUAACUGCACACUGUUAAAUGGCAGUAGUCAUUACACAAAUAUAAAUUAUAUCUUUGAGUGGAGAAACAUUGAAGGGUUAUAUUGUGGACCAUCCAAAUUUAUGGAGUUACCAAAUGGUAGCUGAAAAAGAAAAAACCAUAUUGGAGUACUGAUCUUUUGUGGAAUUAGGUUGUUUCUAUCCAAUCAGCAUCACAAAUAUUUUCUGCAGAAGAAAUAAAGACAUCAUGAUAAAACUUACUACUUUGCGUGCCAGGAAAGGUUUCAAAAACCUACCUCGUUUUAAAAAAAUUAAACACUUUGGAGUCCGUACAGGUGCCUUAUAUGCAGGUCAUUGUAAACACACACACAAACAAAAACACACACAGGAACACACACGCACAUACUCCUGGAUUAGCUGCCUGUCUGUCCAAGGCAGUUAGGGAAUAGGGCAGUUCUGUUGACUAGGGUGGGAAGCCAUGGUCUGAUCCGUAGUGACUUGAGUCCUGGGGUCAGUGAGUGCCUGCAGACUGCACCUAUUAGGAGAGUCCUCUUGUCGUUUUCACCAUUUCUUCCUAAGCAUCUUUCAGAGAUUAAUUACUUGGCCAUUAAAAAUGAAUGCACGUCGUACCAUGGCAACAUCAUUUAGACAGUUGGAGUGGGCAGCAUAGGACUUCUAGAUAAGGUCACAUCAUCUUUUCUCUUGAUUAAAUUUGCAAAGAAAGGCAAAAAAUGAGGAACCUCUCUCUGCUUAUGCUACCUUGAGGGGAGGGGUGACGGAUGGGAGGGCUGUAAACAAUCACAUACAUCCCUUUUAGAAUGUAGCCACUUUGGAUCAUUCAGAAACACACUGAGCAAGACUGCAACCAGACUUGGUCUCUGAACACAACAGGUCUCCAUGGAAUCUCCCCUCAAAGCAGAAGGACUGUUCGUCUGAAUGGAGUACGGAUGGGAUUCUGGCACUUACAGAAGCCAUAUAAGAUUCCCCAGGGGUUGCUUCUAAUGCACUGAUUUUGUGUGGGAACUCGUAACGGUUCUAAAUGUACAUUCAGAAAGGUCUAUUGUCUGUUUUCAGAAGCGUCAAUGACAAUUUUAAGGGGCACUCUUCUGUGCCCCGGGAUGAAACAACAGACUUUCUGUAAAAUGGAAAGUUAGUCUGUGGUUUUUCUAGCAGUUCAUCUCAUUUUCCCUUUAAGAAAAACUCACACUUCAUCAUACUUAAUUAGUGAGAUCCCAAAGCAUUGGCCUGCUUGCUAUGUGGCCCUGGAGCCCUGGAUUUAACACUGGGGUCACUGCAGGUGGCUGAAAUGAGGUGUUAGGCCCUCCGAGUGGAUACCUUCUAUUCUCAAUGUGUCCACUUCCUGCCGAAGGCUCCCUAGGCCCCCUCACUGAUGAGGCCUCAUUCUUUAGGUGUUUACUAAAAGGAAUAUCAUUUAAAAAUGAGCAAAACUUUAUCCGAGGUCUUGAGGAAUUAGAUUUAGCAACUUACUUGAAUGCAUUUUUCAGGAGAUGAAGUAUAUACAGGGGAGUAUGUGUGUGCGUGGGUGUGUGUAUGAAAGUUUGAAGACAUAAAAUAGUAAAUUUUUGAGCACCUUACCAAACAAUAACCCAUUAUCCUUUUGGCAACACCACAAAGAUCGCAUCUGUUAAACAGGUACAAGAUAAUAUGAGGUUAGUUAAUUUGUACACCAUGAUAUCGGUGGUAUUUAUACUGUUAAGUUCAAACCUUUAUCUGUCUGUUGUUCUUAAUGUUUAAUAAACUUUGAAUUUUUUUCUUUUCUUUCAUGUAUGUUUGUUAACAGUUGGCUGGCAAUCAGAUUCUGGUCCCUCUACCAAAGCCAAGAGAUCAUUUACAGAGAUCAGUCACAUAGAUGAUAAAAUGCUAAUACUAUGUAAUUCAUAACAAAUUAAAGUUUUGAGUACUUUUGUGCCGGA